ACUGGCAUUGUAUAUGUUGUCAAAGCCAAUUUUGUAUCUCUUAUCAUGCUUAAUUUAUAUUGUCUGCAUCUUUGCUUGAACAUUAAAAACAUUAAUUUGGUUAGCAAGUUCAUUAAGGCAGCUAGGAGGUCGGUUAGCUAGUUAGUAAACUUGUGUAUGCUAGUUAGCGCCAGAAUUUUCUAAUUAGCUUAUAUUUUUUCCAAAGCUACAUUUGUAUCUUUAAUUGUGCUUAAUUUAUAUUAUUGGGAUAUUUGCUGGACUAAUGAUAAGAUUAAGUUGUUUAUCAAGCUUGUUAAGGCAGCCAUGAGAUCAGUUAGCUAGUUAGUAAGCCUGUGUAGCUAGCAUCGGAAAAAUGUGUAUCUUUAAUUGUGCCUUAAAUAAUAAUAUGUGGGUUUUUAUUAGAUUAACAAUUUCAUUUGUGUAGCUUUGUAGUCAGUAGUCAGGAAUCUGAUGUAUUCUGUUUGUUAUUUGCUUUGUUUUAUUAUAAAAACAACAGCCUCCUGUUUUAACACUAUAAUAUUGCUAUUAAAUUAGCUUGCAGAAAGUAUUAGUUUGUCUGAUUUGCCAACUUGAUAAUGUACAGUAGUAUGACCAAAGGAGCUGAAGGGAAAAGCAAGCUGCAAACCCCCCAAAAAAGCACACUUGUCCAAUUUGGGUAGAAAGAAAAAAAAAAAAGCUCCAGAGGAGGAUAGUGUGCACAAAAGUUGUUCUGUUGCCCGUGAGUGUGGUGUCAGCCGGUCCCAGUCCCUGUGGCCCUCACCGUGCACUGUGCAGGCCUGACGGGAAACUGACUGCAGCUCAGGACAUGGCCUCGUUUGUUCACGGUCCCCCCUCUCUGAAAAGAGUUAUGCUGUCUGUUUUGAAUGGACAAGCGUUUUUCUUUGUGCGCUUGAUCAAAACAGAGGGCAAAGUUAGUCAGCAAGUUGCAUAGCUUCUGCAUUCUGAUUCUUCAAGCCUCUUUUGUAUGAAGUUUCAGCACAAUGUUUUACACUGUGUUUGACCUGAAUGGCAUGCUGGAGAAAACAAUGAAAGGAGCGGACAAAGCGAUUGUGGCAAAGUCCUUUGGAAAAUGGAAAAGCAGCUCUCUAAGGUCCAGGACCAUGGAGAAGCCGGAUGAGCCGUCCGAGGAGAGUAAGGAGGAGAGCCUUUCCAACUGCACCUGUGAAGCCCCCCAACUCGGCAAGAAACCAGUCGGUAAAAAAAAAAAAUAAUGAAUUACAUGAUCACCUCCUGAGAGAUACAAAGUGUGAAAGCGUCGACCAGGGUGGACAGUGCGGAUCUGGCAUCUUAUCCUACGGAGUGCUCGGAAAACUACAAUCAAAGAUGGAUUCUGAAGGCGAGGAGCAAACCCUGAAAGCAUGUAACAGUAGCACAGGGCUGGCUGAAGGUAUCGCUGAGACUCACAGCCCAUAUGGGUCCAUGGCGAGGAAGAGGAGUGCUCAGGAAGGGGUGCAGGGCGCCCCCGUCAACAAGAGAAAGUCCCUGCUGAUGAAGCCCCGCCACUACAGCCCCAGCGAGGCAUGUGAAGAGGAAAGCGAGGACCUGGCACCGCCACAGGACAAAGAAGAGCUGAGGAACAUUGACACUCCAGCAGAUGGAAACUUAAGUGCAAUCAAUGGAGUUGCCACCAAAAAUGGCUGCUAUGACACGUUGGCAGCGAAGUCCAGUGAUUCUCUCGGGUGGUCAGAGGUAACAUCUGACGGCUCCCCGCAGUGUGAGCCGGACACAUCUGAACAUCUGAUGGAUGAAGAUGAUGAGGAGCUCCUUAAUAAUGAAGAAGAAGACCAAAGUCAAGAUAGGAUGAGCGGUACACCGUCGCCACAGAGUCCAUACGAAGACAUGAGGGAGGCUGAGUGGGAGCCUCUGUCCCUGUCUGCCAAGAUGAACGGCUCCAGCUGCAGUCCCUCCAGAGCCUCUGAAGACCUUUCAGUCAGGAACAGCCAUGUGAAAGAAGAGCCUCACCCAGAAUUAGGUGGUCUGAUGGGACGGGCAAGCAUUUUUCAGGCUGAGGCUCUGAGAUACAGGCCGCUCCCCACGGAGGAGGACAGUGAUGGGGAGGCGGAGAGGCCACCUCGGCUGGACGGCUGGGCGCUGGGGCUCCACGAGAGAGGCCUGGAGAUGAGCCGAGGGCGGGUGAACUUCAGCCUGUUGGAGCAGGCCAUAGCUCUGCAGACAGAGCAAAGACAGGUCCUACACCAUGCCUACAGAGAGAUGGACCGGUUCCUCAUGGAGCAGAUGACCAAUGAGAGAAGGCACCAUCGCAUGAUGGAAAUGGACGGCAGACUCAAUUAUCAUGGAGGAAAAGAUUCUCCACGUACAGAUAAAAAGGAUAUAAAGUGCCCCACUCCCGGCUGCGAUGGCACCGGUCACGUGACCGGCCUUUACCCACAUCACAGGAGUUUGUCUGGCUGUCCUCAUAAAGUCCGAGUUCCUCCAGAGAUCCUCGCCAUGCAUGAGAACGUCCUCAAGUGCCCUACACCCGGGUGCACAGGAAGGGGACAUGUCAACAGCAACCGUAGCACCCACCGGAGUCUCUCAGGCUGCCCCAUCGCUGCUGCAGUGAAGGUCUCCAAACCUCAGGACGAGAGCCUGAAGUGCAGACAAACACCUGACCGCUCACCCAGAGCCAUCGGCUUGAUAAAGAAGUUUGAAAUGAACCAGCUGAACUACAGGCUCUCCCAUCCAGUAGCAGCCUUGCAGACGAGCCUCACAAAAGACAUGGACAAGUACAGCCGAAUCCGCUUUGAUUACGCCAGCUUUGAUGCACAGGUCUUCGGCAAACAGCCUCUGAUGGGGACCAACCAGGACCAGGAAAUGUCACAUUUCCCUGAUUCACCUCAGCAGUAUCCUGGCUUCCUCGGUGCUCCAGGUGGCCGCAUGCCCACCUCUGGUCAGCACAGCCCGCCGAGUCAAUUCAAAAAAGAAGAUGGUCUCCAAGCCGCAGCAGCGACCGCCGCCAUCCUUAACCUCUCCACUCGCUACCGGAAGAACAUAGAGGCUGUCGCCGGCCGGCCCUUGGCAACCUCCACAAAGGACAUGCUCAUAGAGGUGGAUGAAAAUGGCACCCUGGACUUGAGCAUGAAGAAGUGCAAGGAGAAUGUAAAAUCCCAGACAAAAACACCUUCGGAUGACCCGCUGUCCCCUUCCGAGUCCGCCGUGGCCAAAGGCGGGAGCGUGCUCAUCAGCCCCGCCUUCUACCAGCCGCUGUGUGAGAGAGACAGCUGGGAGAGCCCCGUCCCUGUCAACUUCAGCAAAGCACACGUUUUACAAGACAAAGAGGAGGAUUACGAUCAUGCCUCCUUGGAGGACCAGCACUACCAAGGCGACGGCGGCCUGCUGAGUCCCAAAGCCAAGCUGCUAUUACGAGACGCAAAGAAAGAGCUUUUGAGCUGUCCAACCCCGGGCUGUGACGGCAGCGGCCAUGUGACGGGGAAUUAUGCAUCACAUCGGAGUGUGUCUGGAUGUCCCCUGGCUGACAAAACACUCAAAUCACUGAUGGCAGCCAACUCUCAGGAACUAAAGUGCCCAACACCUGGUUGUGAUGGAUCUGGACACGUGACUGGGAACUAUGCUUCGCACAGAAGCUUGUCAGGAUGUCCACGUGCCAGAAAGGGAGGUUUGAAGCUCACACCAAACAAGGAUGACAAAGAUGAGCAAGAGCUUAAGUGUCCAGUAAUUGGAUGUGACGGACAGGGCCAUAUAUCGGGAAAAUACACAUCCCAUCGCAGCGCAGGCAGUUGUCCGCUCGCUGCCAAAAGACAGAAGGAGUCGUCCAUCAAUGGGCUGCCCUUUGCCUGGAAGUCCAGUAAACAGGAACUGCCCCAUUGUCCCCUGCCUGGCUGCAAUGGCCUUGGACAUGCCAAUAAUGUGUUUGCCACUCACAGAAGCUUGUCGGGUUGCCCACUGAACGCACAGAGCAUCAAGAAAAAGCACUCGGAAGAUGAAAUGAUGACUAUCAAACUGAAGGCCAGCAGUGGUGUUGAAAACAAAGAUGAUAUUCAGCAUUUGGAUCAUGAAAUUGAGGAGCUGAAUGAAUCCAAUAUGAAAAUAGAAGCAGACAUGAUGCAACUUCAAACCCAGCAGAUAUCGUCUAUGGAAUGUAACCUGAAGACAAUUGAAGAGGAGAACAAGAUGAUCGAACAGCACAACGACAGCCUCCUGAAGGAGCUCGCCCGCCUUAGCCAAGCUCUCAUUAACAGUCUAACAGACAUUCAGCUGCCUCAAAUGGGACCCAUCAGUGAGCAUAAUUUUGAAGCCUAUGUGAACACAUUAACUGAUAUGUACAACAACUCGGAGCAUGAAUACUCUCCAGAGUGCAAGGCCCUCUUGGAUAAUAUCAAACAGGCUAUUAAGGGCAUCCAUGUUUAAGCUGUAGAGCUACCAAGAGGUUUCUUUGACUUGGGAUAAUGGCACUAGAUAGCUCUAUUUUACUGAAGAGUGCUGGCUUGGCUGCAUGUAUAAGACAAGGCUUUUGGAAAUGUGUUUGGCAUUUCCUGGUAAAUACACUGCACUGAGAAAAUUACCAGCCAGAUUUGUAAUGCUUUUACUGUUUCUGCAUUCACUUGAUAUGUUUAUCCUGGUGAGAUUUUUACCCCCUCUUGCACUUAAUUAUUUUGUAUGGUUUGCUUGAUUUUAAUCUAUACGUGUUCAUGUCAUUCUUAUAUUAUCGCUAUUUAUUAUUAUAUUUGUUCAUCAGUGUAUUUAUUUCCCUCGUUUUUAUUUAUUUCUAAAAAUUGUAAAUGCUUAAUAUUUGAGAAAUCUGUUCGACUUUCUGCACAUUGUAAAUUUACAUAGAAGCACAUUCCAAUUUCAUGGCAUACUUUCGCCAUCUAGUGUUGAAAAUUAUUAUUAUUAUUAUUAUUAUUAUUAUUAUUAUUAUUAUUAUUAUUAUUAUUAUUAUUAUUAUUAUUAUUAUUAGACCAUACGUUGGAUCUCCCUUCAAAGUAAAAACCUACCAAAAUGAUUAAGCAUCAAUAUUUUUAAGCAUUGCUUUUGCUUUGUUUAUUGGAAAAUGAAUGUAUGGUAAAGACAAAGUGAACACUUAGAUUUAAAAAAAAUAAUAAUGAUGCAAUGCAACUGUACUGUACCUUUAUUCCUUCCUAACCAAUAACAGCUGAUUGCAACCAGGAAGUGACACAUAAAUGCAACAUCAUUUGUUGAACUGAAUGUCAGAUUCUGCUUUGCAUAGCGUGCCACAAGAAGAGUGCAACAACAACUACAACAACAACAACAACAACAAAACAAAAAAAAUCACAAAUCCACUUUGUCAAGAUGUCUUUUUUUUAAAUAUAGAUAUUAAACUGCCUUCUGUGCACACACUUUGGAGUGUGCAUAUAGUAUGUGCCUAAAUGUAUAUGAAUCCAUAAAAAUAUACGAGUACUAUGUUUUGUGGUAGGACAGUAUUAUGUGGAUGGUGUCUAAUUUAUUAUACAGUACAAUUAUUUUCAUAGGAGGAAACGUUCCUGAUGACUGUUUAAAUACUGUUGUCUCAGUAGCUGUAAUCUCAGAGUCAGGUUUUGAAAUAUCACGACUGAGAUCGAAAAAAAAAAGUCUGGUGUUUAUUUUAACUUUUUGCUAGCAUGGAGAAAGGAAAAAAAAGAGGAAGGAGUGAUUUAAGAAAAAACAUCUACUCCUGUUUUAUCUUAAACUGCUUACCAGCCUUAACACUUCGACCAGUCUUACUACAGUUUGAAUAUUCUUGUAACGCUUGGGGCAGAUUUGAAUAGUAGCUAUUUCAAAACCGAGCUGACUACCACUUAAACUCAUGUUUCAGUUUCAAUCAUGAAGUACAACAAAAACAAAACAAAAAAAAAGGAAAAAAAAGAAAUGAAAACAUAGACAAAUGAUAGUUGUUGGCUAAUCGGUUGUUUGUUUGCAUCAAUUGCACUUUUGUAUUUAAUUAUUUUGUGUUUUUAGAUCACCACACUGCCCUUGACUUCAACAAAAGAGCGAAAUGGGACGCACUAUAUAGGUCUCACUUCUACAUGGAGUUAAUCCCAAGAUGAAAAAAAAACCACACACACACACAGAAAUACGUUUUUUCUUUUCGGCAAAAGAGAAGUCAAAGACAUGUAGCCUUGGACAUUUCAAAGAAACAAAAGAGUAAAACAGCAAAAGAGCCAAAUUACAGAAAAACAGGACCCUAUUUUAUCCAAAUACUCGAUUUGUUUUAAAGAAUUUUAAUCUUUUGAAAAUAAAAUUGAAUCACAUUCUUUAAACCUAACAAUCCUUUAUUUAUAAGUUCUUAUAUUUAAUUCCUCUACCACACAUUGUUUGCUCAGGAAGUUUUGUGAAUAAUAUUUAUUUUUUCCCUGUUAGUAUUUGAUGUUUUGUAUUGUGAAAUGCUUUUUUGUGGAACGAUAUUAGUAUGAUAUGAAAAUUGUAUUGUAUUUUUCUUUUUCUUUUACAUUAAAAUGUAAUGCUUUUUUUCAGUUGGAGUAGUUUGUAAAUUGAAACUUCCUAUUACUUUUACUAUUUCAUAAUAAACAGAUAUGCGCUGUGUUGUACAGUUUGUGUAUGGUAGAAAUAAACUUUUCAAAUGGU